GGAAGUAAAAAAAGAAAGAAACAACAAAAAGAUCCUGCAAAUCGUCGUCUAACGUUCUCCCCCAUUCUCGUCGCCGUCAAUCCUCUCCCAUUUUUGCAUAAUUACAACUCGCGACACGAAACUGGAAAUCAAAAUCCAGAUGAAGAACAGCAAGAUGAAAUGGAAAGCUGGAAUUCUGAGAUUGUAGGUAUGUAAGCUACCACCCUUUAAUUUCCCGAUUCGGAACAGAUGGAGCAUAUCGCAAGUCAAUCAAGGGUUGGAUCAGAUGUUAUGAUGAAGUUUGAUGCAGCCAUGAUGCAUCUGUUAAGAAUUUCCCUUUAGAGGCACUGCUUUAUGUUUUAAUUAGGAGUAUUGAGGACUGUCAACAGUAUAUUUCAUUCUUUUUCUGAUAUGGAGAAGAGAGAGGGGAAUGGUUCAUUCUUUUGGAUGGAGGAGCCUAACGAGCAGACAACGGUUCCCGUGAAGCUUAAGAGAAAAGCAAAGGCAAAGAUGGAGUUUGUUGGGUGGGGUUCUAGACCUUUAAUUGAGUUUCUUGAGUCCAUUGGCAAGGACACCGGUAAACAGCUCUCUCAGUAUGACGUGACUGCAAUUAUCAAUGAAUAUGUGCAUAAUUUUAAUCUUUUUCACCCAUUGAAGAAGAAAAAGGUCAUGUGUGAUGAGAGGCUUCGUUCUCUUUUCGGAAAGAAAUCAGUGCCUCGAAUUAAAAUAUAUGACCUGCUGGAAUCGCACUUUGCUGAGAACCAUGAUUCAUCUGAGGAUGAUGAUUUGUACAAUUCAGAAGAAUACGAGAAUGUCAAUAUAACAUGCAAGAAGCAGAAGGUCGCUAGUUCAGAGAAAAAAGCUCCCCAUCAAAAGAAAAAAGUACCAGAGACUCCAUUAAGUUGCUUUGCAGCUAUCAUCCCUGAAAACAUAAAGCUUUUAUAUUUGAAGAGGAGUUUAGUUCAGGAGCUUCUUAAGCACCCUGAGAGCUUUGAAGGCAAACUUUUAGGUAGUUACAUCAGGAUAAAAUCUGAUCCAAAUGAUUACUCUCAGAAGAACUUCCAUCAACUUCUUCCAGUUACAGGGGUAAAAAAUGUACCUGGAAGUGGUGACGUAUGUGAAGAUGUUCUUCUUCAAGUUCCAAACGUGAUAAAAGACAUACCUAUAUGCAAGUUGUCGGAUGAUGACUUCUCCAAGGAAGAAUGUGAGGAUUUGUGUCAAAGAAUUAAGGAUGGUUUGCUUAAGAGGCCUCUUGUUGUGGAGGCUGAGCAGAAGGCCCGACUGUUGCAUGAGGAUAUAACAAAACAUUGGCUUCCUAGAGAACUUGCAUAUCUACAAAACCUCAUUGAUCGAGCCAAUGAGAAGGGAUGGCGCAGAGAGCUAUUUGAGUAUCUAGAAAGAAGGAAGCUGCUCCAAACACCAUCUGAGCUAACAAGGUUGUUAGCCGAGGUUCCAAAGGUGACUGCAGAUAUAUUAGAGCCAGAAGCUACCCCAGAGGAACAUGUAGAAGAUAUAGAACAGUUGAAUAGCUCACCAAUCACAACUCGUGCAGAUGUUUCACAUCUCUCUUUUGAUUCAGCAAAAGAUCAGGCAUUGCCAUCCAAUGGUUCAGGUGCUACAGUAAAUGGACCGGUGGAUCUUGUUGGAAUUAGUGAAGGUAAUAGAGAGCCAAUGGCGAACGAGGGUAUAGGAGGAAUUUCCUUUGUAAAUUCGGGACAAAACUUAACAAGCGUCCGGUGGGUUGAAGCCGAGCAGAUUCCGAAGAUCAGAAGUCCGGAUCAGGCAUUGGACUUAAACAGUGCUUCAGAGGUGAUUGAGCUAAGCGAUGAUGAAGAAAAGCCACAGGAGCAAGAUGAGGAGUAUGAAUUAUCGCGUCAAAAAUGGUUCUACUGGGAUCCCCAAGGAAGAAGACAAGGACCCGUUUCAAGAUACGAGUUGAAACGGUGGAGCGAUGCAGGCUACUUCUCGCCGGACUUUAAGAUAUGGGAAGAUGGUGAGGCUCCUAGCAGUGCCAUCUUAUUGACAGAUUUGCUUUCAGGCAAUUGUAGCAAAUGAUAGGAAUUGUUGGUUUCAUUUAUAGAUUAUGUCUAACAUUUGUUUCUAAUAGUAUUUAGUUAUUUAUGGCCCAGGGAACUUGUCAUUUUGCAUGGUUGCUGAGAUUAUCUUACCCGAAUCAUUAUAAUGUACCCCUUCAAUCAUACUUUGCCUUUUGAUA